UCGAGCCGCGUUCCCCUUUCUCAAUCCUUCCCCCCGACCAUAUAAGGCGCGGCAGCUGCUGCGGACGUCCCCGGGAUCUAAAGAUAGCGGCCCCUGCCUGGGACUCCAAAGGCCACCAGGGCCCCGGAGCCGCCAUGGCACGGCAGCAUGCCCGGACCCUGUGGUACGACAGGCCCAAGUAUGUGUUCAUGGAGUUUUGCGUGGAGGACAGCACCGAUGUCCGUGUGCUCAUUGAGGAUCACCGCCUUGUGUUCAGCUGUAAGAAUGCCGACGGGGUGGAGUUGUACAAUGAGAUUGAGUUCUAUGCCAAGGUGAACUGCAAGGACUCCCAAGAUAAGCGCUCUAGCCGCUCCAUUACUUGCUUUGUGAGAAAAUGGAAGGAGAAGGUAGCCUGGCCCCGGCUCACCAAGGAGGACAUCAAGCCGGUGUGGCUCUCUGUAGACUUUGAUAACUGGAGAGACUGGGAAGGGGAUGAAGAGGUGGAGCUGGCGCAGGUGGAACACUAUGCAGAGCUUUUGAAUAAGGUCAGCACCAAGAGAGCGCCCCCCACCAUGGAUGACCUGGAUGAUGAUUCUGACAGUGCCGACGCACCAAGUACCUGACCGUGUGCCAGCAGAGCUGGAGCAGAGGGCUCUGAAAAGCCAGGGUUGGGGCCUGUGUGAGCUCUUCACCCCAAGGGCCUCUGGGAUCGCUGCUCUUUAGCAAGGGUCCCCCCUCGCACUUCCUGUUGUCUUCAGAGGCACUGGGCUUGGGCACUGCAUCGGAUGGCUGGUGGGCGCCUGGUCUCCUCUUAAUCCACUUACAGUCUCUGUGCUGGGGCUGCUCCAUUGUUCCACUAUUUGGUGUACACAGCUGUGCAAAAGCCAAAGAAGAAAGAAGAAAGGUGGAUGAUAACAAAUCUCUCGUGUGCAUGUGUGUGGCAGAGGAACAAGUGGGUGAUAAUAAAUGUGCAGGAGCUGUC